AUGAGAGAACAGAUCUGUCUUCAAAUCUGCUUUAUCGUGGUUCGGUUUAUCCUCUUUGGGGGAAUCUACGGUUCUAAUUUAGGAGGAGUGAAGGAAGUACGAAAUUUCAUCUUCAUAACAUCUACCAUUGAUUACCCCAGUGAGGAUGAAUUCGAAAACCGAGAAAUGGAGGCCAUUUUGGUCUUGGAAGAAAUUCUGAAUCUUUUGAAGAUUGACUACUAUAACACUUCAAAUGAGCGGAUCAUUGGAGGAGCCCUUGCACGACGAAGGGGAACUAUUGUGCGGAGGGCGAGGGAUGCGCCUUGGGGUUUGACUACCCCGCCUUGGAUUGAAAACAUGUGGUUGAGUAUUAACAGAGCAUUCAGAAGGCAUGUCACGUUCUCGAGGCCUCAUAUGUGGGUAAAAAUUGUCUCCGACGGGACAAUUGCCCAUAACAUUGUUGUUUGA